GACGUGUACCUGACUCUUUCAUCUACUGUAGGUGCUGAGUGACAAAGCUGUGUUCUUCACGUACCUUCUGAUUGAACUACUUUAACUUUAAGAUAACAUGGCCAAGCGUGUUGCGGUGAUCCUGUCAGGUUGUGGAGUGUAUGACGGCACAGAAGUCCACGAGGCGUCUGCUGUUAUGGUGCACCUGAGUCGAGCAAGUGCCAAGGUUCAGAUGUUUGCACCUGAUGUGGAGAUGAUGCAUGUGGUCAACCACUGUAAAGGUGAACCCGUGACAGACAAGAGGAAUGUGAUGCAGGAGAGUGCUCGCAUCGCCCGGGGGGAAGUCACGGACCUCAACGACCUAGACGUCACUGCCUUUGACGCGCUCAUCAUUCCAGGUGGAUUUGGUGUGGCUAAAAACUUGUGCAACUGGGCCACCAAAGGCAAAGAGUACUCCGUCCUGCCCCAGGUGGAGAAGGUCAUUAAAGGUUUUCAUCAGGCCAAAAAGCCAAUGGGCAUGUGCUGCAUCUCCCCGGUGCUGGCCGCUAAAGUUAUUCCAGGGUGCGAGCUUACCGUCGGCCAUGACUCCGAGUGUGAGAAGUGGCCGCACGCUGGUGUGGCGAAAUCCAUGACGGAACUGGGCUGCAGACACAUGAAUAAGAAUGUCGGCGAGGUUCAUGUGGAUAAGAAGAACAAACUGGUGACUACCAGUGCAUUUAUGUGCAACGCUCCCAUCCAUGAGAUCUUUGAUGGUCUGGGUGUCAUGGUCUCUGAAGUUCUCAAGCUAGCUUGACGUUUCAGCUGUUUGAAUAGAAAUGUGUGUAUGUGAGAAUUUUCUUUUAGUGGGACAGCCUGUUCAAUAUUUAUUAGAAACAUUAGAAAAUAUUCACUAGACUGGUUUGACCAGUUCAUUCUCAACCCCAGAACACACUAUGGAAAGUAUUAUCCAGCCGUUCUUAUUAACUUAUGACUGUCUGACAUUUUGUUGUAAUAUAUCAAUAAAACAGAGUUUCUGAAAACUA